CUGCAGGACUGCCAGACUCUGCGCUCUCUGCGGCUGCAAGAAGUCGGCUUCGCCCGGCUGCUGUCGCUGGUCGUCUGGCUGCUGCUGCUGCUGCUCAUGGUGCCCAAUAUGGCUCUGCCUAUCCAGCAAGUACAGGAGCAACAGUAUCUCAGCUGUUCCUCCCUAAAGAAAGACCUCAGCCUGCAGUGGCACACCCUCAGCAUCUUCCUCUGUACCGCUUUGUUCCUGAACGCAUCGGCUGCCGUGGUGAUCUCCAGCGGUCUGGCUCUCAGGAGGCUGCUGGGCAGCCGCAGCGACCCUAAACUCUGGGUCAACGCCCGACGGGCGACAGGGAGUGUAGCGGCCGUGGCUCUGGCCUACAUACUCUGCUUCGUGCCCUACCACAUCGUCCGGAUGCCGUACACGUUGGCCCAGAACAAAGUGAUCACAGACUGUCAGACCAAGAGGCAGCUGUUUCUGGGGAAGGAGUCGACGCUGCUGCUGACUGUACUGCACCUCUGCUUUGACCCGCUGCUCUUCUUCUACCUCUACAAACCUUUCAGACAGACGGUCAGCAAUGUGCUCAGCUGCAUCACAAACCAGGCAGCAGCUGAUCCUGAGGAGGAGCAGGCUGCAGAGGAGGUGAUGCAAACUAUGACUGCUGCACCGCAGGAGGACGGAGUCUGAUACACAGUGCUAUGUGAAGAAUGGAAUCACACAUUCAUCGUCGUGCUAAAAAACUACAAUGAACUCCUGAAAUGCUCCAGCACGUGACUGGACGCAGUUUGAAAAGUGAAAUCUAACCGUGGAUAAAAAACUACUGUAAAACUGAAAUCUUUUUUUAUGCACAAACUCUGAAUAUCACUGAUUUAAACACCUGAAAUAAACUUGA